AUGGAAUCACAAAAUGAUACACAAAUUUCAGAAUUUCUUCUUGUGGGAUUAUCAAAGGAACCAGAACUGCAACCCCUCAUAUUUGGGCUUUUCCUCUCCAUGUACCUGAUCACUGUGUUUGGGAACUUGCUCAUCUUCAUGGCUGUCAGCUCAGACUCCCAUCUCCACACCCCCAUGUACUUCUUCCUCUCCAACCUGUCCUUUGUAGACAUCUGUUUAAUCUCCACCACCAUCCCAAAGACGCUGUGGAACAUCCAGUCACAGAGCAAAGAUAUAACGUAUGCAGGCUGCAUCAGCCAGAUACACUUUUUACUAUUCUUUGCAGGGUUGGACGACCUUCUCCUGGUUGCGAUGGCCUAUGAUCGGUAUGUGGCCAUCUGUCACCCCCUGCAAUACACAGUCAUCAUGAACCCUCGGCUCUGUGGACUGCUGGUGCUGCUGUGCUGGGUGAUGAGUGCCCUGAAUUCCUUGUUACAAAGUUUAAUGAUGUUGCGACUGUCCUUCUGUAGAGUCUUGGAGAUCCCCCACUUUUUCUGUGAACUCAAUCAGGUGAUCCGCCGUGCCUGUUGUGACACCUUUCUGAACGAUGUGGUGAUGUAUUCUUCAGCAGGGGUGAUAGGUGGAGGUCCAUUUGUUGGGAUACUUUUUUCUUACUCUAAGAUAGUUUCCUCCAUACGAGGAAUUCCAUCAACUCAGGGGAAGUAUAAAGCAUUUUCCACUUGUACCUCUCACCUCUCAGUUGUUGCCUUAUUUUAUUGUACAGCCCUAGCAGUUUACCUCAGCCCUGCUGCUACCCAUAGCUCACAGCCCAAUGUAACAGCCUCAGUGAUGUACACUCUGGUCACACCUAUGCUGAAUCCCUUCAUCUACAGUCUGCGGAAUAAAGACAUAAAGGGGGCUCUGAAAAGGUUCUUUGGGAUGGCAGCUAUAAAAGGGCCAACUUGCCUGUGGUUGAAGAAGAGUACAUGA